UAAAAGUUCACACCAUUCUUCAACGUUGCACUUCUCAGAACCAACUGCAGAAUGAAAGUUCUUGUGGCUCUUUGUUUCGUCGCGGCGGUAGCCCAGGCCAUCGAUGUGGACUGGAACAAGAUCAGCCCCAUCGAAGUCUUCCCACAAGACUUGGCAGGUCCUUUGACCGAGAGUCUUAAGGACGUCAAAGACCUAGACCCAUCUCGUGUCGUUGGAGGAGAAGAAGCUAGUCCUGGACAGUUCCCGUAUCAAGUUGGUCUGUUCUCAACGAAUGCCGCGGGCUCGACCGGAUUCUGCGGCGGUUCCAUCCUGAACUACGAGUGGAUUCUAACCGCAGCUCAUUGCGUCGACGUUGCCGUAUCGGUAGAAGUCAUUCUUGGAGCUCAGUACAUCCGCGAAGACGAACCGACACAGGUGGUACUCCAAGUUGCAGAAAUCAUUGUCCACGAGAACUGGGACACCAGGAACAUCAGGAACGACCUUGCCUUGCUGCGCCUUCCCGCGCCCAUUCAAUUCACUGAGCGCAUUCAGCCCAUUCGUCUGCCAAGUCGCUCCCAGGUUGGACAAACCUUCGCUAGCGAAACUGGAAUCGUAUCUGGAUGGGGAAGGGACUCCGACUCUUCCAGCAGCAUCAGUCCUGUUCUCCGCUGGACCCAGAACCCGAUCCUCACUAACUUUGUGUGCACCCGGUACUAUUUCUUCAGCGUUACCAGCGCUCAGAUCUGCUUGUCUGGCAGAGGAGGCCGCUCAUCGUGCAACGGAGACUCUGGUGGCCCGUUGGUGGUGACUGACAGCGAUGGUGAAAUCACCCAGGUUGGUGUUGUUUCCUUCGGAAUAGCUCUGGGAUGCGCUGUUGGAUGGCCCGGUGUCUACGUUCGUGUCACUGAUUACUUGGACUGGAUUGAGACACACGCUCCUUCUGUUGCUAUCAGAGAUUGAUUGCUAAAAAUCAUGCACUCCUUCACCGAAAGAACGCGGGAUGACUUAAUCUUGAAUAAAAAUUUAUCCCACUGGUAA